UAAACUGUACUCUGAAAUAGCGGGAAAUGAAUUUAUGUCUGGGUACUGCGAAUAAACGGCGCGCUAUUUUCUUACCUUUCCAGAUUGCCUCCGGAUCGCCACUCUGGUCGUCUGGGCUCGGAAAGAAGCGAAUAGGGGGCGUGGCUCCAGGGAAUCUGUUGACACGGUUGCCUGGGACAACCGAUAGCGUCACCUAGCAACGAACUGGCGUGCAUACCAUUUUGUAGCACGUUGUCAAAAAGCCGCAUUGUUGAAUAUUGGACCCACCAGAGAUGGACCAAACUGCAAGACCACUUCGAAUUCCCCCUGAAAUGGGAACGUACGCCGAAAAACAUGGAAUAUUUGACCUAAUGCAGACUAUUCUGAGUCGACUUUUGGUGGAUAAGCCGCAAGAUCCUGUUGAAUAUCUCCUCGAUCUGCUGAAACGAGGCAACUUUGAAGUUCCACAGAUAUUUUUGUUGGGUCCACCGGCAGCUGGGAAAAAGACAAUAGCUAAGAUGUUAUGUGAACAAAUGGGUGCAACUUCCAUUAGCCCUGACAACUUGCUGGCCCAGGAUAGCAACUUAGUCAAAGAAGCACUGGAGUUCCGUAACAAGAAGCAGGAUAUUCCCAAUGUGCUGUGGAUCAAGCUUGUGGAAGAGCGCCUGUCAAAAAUGGACUGCAUCAAACGGGGCUGGCUGCUGGAAGGAUUUCCAAAGACCCGUGAGCAGGCUCUCUUGUUACAGGAGAAGGGAAUCUCCCCCGAACAUGUGGUGUUCCUGGAGGCUCCAGAUGCUGUCCUUAUAGAACGAAACCUGGGCAAGCGAGUAGACCCUGAGACGGGAGCUGUGUACCAUACAACGUUCGACUGGCCUAGUAACGAGGAGGUGCAGGGCAGACUUGUUGAGCCUCCGGGAAUCUCCGAGGAAGAGACGGCCAACAAACUACUAGAGUAUCGAAGAAACAACCAAGCCCUGGAAAACACCUACCACUACAUCCACAAAGUCUUCAAUGCUGACCAGCCAUGCGUCGAUGUCUGCUCACAAGUGCUGACGUUUGUGCUUUCUCGACAUCGAUCUGUUGCUCCAUUUACUCCACGUAUUCUUCUCUUUGGACCACCGGGCAGCGGCAAGAGUCUGCAGGCAGAGCUGAUUUCCCAGAAGUACAACAUUGUCAACAUUUGCUGUGGGCAACUUCUGAAAGCAGUGGUAGCAGACGAGACGAGUCUGGGAGAGCUCAUUAAGCCGUACCUAGAAAACGGAGAACAAGUGCCGGACACGAUUGUGCUGAAGGUCCUCGCUCAGCGCCUGAGCAAACUCGACUGCACCACCCAAGGCUGGGUCCUGCACGACUUCCCUCGAGACCUGGACCAGGCUGAGAAGCUGAAUGAUGCCGGCUUUAUCCCCAACAGGGUCUUCUUCCUGGACCUGCCCAAUGAGCUCUGCAUAGAGCGCCUGACUUUAAGAGCAAUUGAUCCUGUGACCGGGGAUAGGUACCACUAUCUGUACAAAGCUGCUCCUAGCCAACAAGUACAAAGUCGCCUACAGCGCAACCCCCGGGACUCUGAGGAGGACCUGCUCCGCCGUCUUGCUAUACACCACGACAACGUCCACGACCUACAAGAGUUGUACCGGGACGCUGUACAUGUGAACGCAGACCAGGACCCUCACUCUGUGUUUGAGGUUUUAGAAAGCAGGCUGGUGAACCGGCCUCCCAAAACUGUCAAGCGGCAGCAUCUGACUCACUUCUGAAUGCAGGCCGAGCUAAGACCCCCUAGACAGGCAGAUAAGGAUGCGCACUGUUGAUUCUGAUGGCAGAACCCUUCUCUCUGCUUCCUAAAAAUCAAAUCUUAAGCAGGUGGGCAGAUACUUUUGUAGAUUUGAUUCUGUAAUCUGCAGCCCGUCCCCUGUGUAAUGAAGUGAGGGGGAUAGGAUGAAGGUGAAUACGAGUCAUGGGUAGGGAUAUCUGACAACAUCAUAGCGUGAAACCAUCUGAGUCACAGUGCUGCGCCUGGAUAGUUUUAAAUGUUUAGGUACUUAGAAAAUGCAUCUAAUAGUCCCAAUGGCUGCCUUUGGUCUCAAUAACACUUAAAAAGCAUCAGUUAAGUGGCAAUUCACUUCUGCGUAGUGUGGCCUCCUAAAAUAACUGGAAUGGUCAGAGUUGGCCAAAGUGUAUGAAACGCGCACAUCUUAAUAUGAGGUGAAUAAUCACUUUACUGAUGCAUUGUAAAUGUUAUUAAAGGAUAAGGUUGGCAUUUCUCAAGUUGUGCACUUACAGUUUUAACAUACUGUACAGUUUUAAAAUCAUAAAAUUACUGUCUGUAAUCCUUCUUAACACUUUAAAGGAUACGUUUGGUUAUUUUCAAUUGAAAUUUAUUUCUUCACGAACAUGGUAUAUAUGCAUUUUUGAUGUGAAAUUGUAUUCCAAAGUCCAUUAUUUUCAAAACUCCCAUUCCCACACUGGCCUUUACAAUUGGAAUUAAUGGGGCAUGGGAACAGUCGGGAAAACAAGCGCCUCAAAACUUGACAAUCACGUCCAUUUUUCAAGCCAAGACAGUUGUGGAAUAUCAGUCUGAGUCUUGUGAACUGGCUUAUAUGUGUCACGUUUG